GGAAGUACUUUCAACGGUGGGUUUGGAUGCUGCAGGUCAGGGAGAACAAUAAGCGGACGAUAGUAAACCUCUUCAUCCUGCGGUGGCGGCAGUAUUAUGGGCCAACAAUAAGCUCAGUACCUGACCAGGCUGUGACAAAGACACGUGAAGCUCAGCCACGGUGGACUAUCAUGAGACGGUUUUCUGAGAAGGCAGGCUACUCUCUUGAUGACCUCUACCAAAAGGUGAAACUCCAGAGGGUAUUUCUACUGUGGAAAACAAGGUUCUGCGAGCACCAGAUAGCUGAUUCUUUCUCUCAGGCUUUGGAGCAGCGCCACCUGAGAGAGGCUCUGAGGUUGUGGCACCAAAUGUUUCUCAUAGUGAAGACAAUUAAACAAAGUCCUAAGCACUCUGCCAAGGCUGUUCAUAAAGAUCCUCUCGCCUUCCUGGUUUCUGAGGACCUCUCAAUAUCUUCUGGCUUCCACAGCAGUGCUCCAGUUACUUUUGCUUCUCAAAGCUCAUUGGAAAAGGAAUAUAGUCCUAGUGACAGCAGCCGGCAGAGCUCUUCUUCCAUUCUGACUGCUGAGGAUGUCUCACAAAUGCCCUAUAACAGUUCUUUACUGCAACUACACCAAUGCACAGAGCUGCCAGCUGAGCUGGAUGGUGAGCUCUGCUUGCAGGCGUCCUUUCCUCCACAGAGUCCUGGAUUGGGAGGAAGUUGGUUUGUGGGAGGACAGUUUCAGUCCUUGGCACUGCAUACUCCAGGCAGUAGUGUCCAGCCUAUUGCCAGUUACUCCACAGGGGAAGAGGACUGCAGUUUGAACCAGGAGGUGAAGUGUUACUGGCAACAAGCAGAGAAGUGCUGCCUGCAGAGGUACUUCUUCAUCUGGUCAUCUCGAACUCAGCAGCUUGUGAAGGCCCAGCAGUACUGCAGACUUAUUCAGCUGUCUCGACCAUUUCUCAGCUGGCACCACUGGGUUGUGGAGACUAAGAACCGAAAAGCAGCAGCAUCCGUAAAUCAUCACAUCCACUGCUGUCAAAUGGUUUUCAAUCUGUGGAAGAAGAGGCUGUCCCAGAAAGUUGAAGCUGACCACAGAUUCAGAUGUCAUGUCCACCAGAGAGCUGCUGAUGCUUUGUGGCACUGGCAUUCCCGCUGGCAAAGGAAUCGGGCCAUGAGAGAGCUGCAGCAGCAAUGGGCUCAGCACAGCUGCCAGGAGAAGAAGAGGAUGGUCAUGCGGACAUGGUCUUGUCAAAUAAGAAAGCGGAGAAAUGCUACUUUAUUCUGGGAACAUAUUCUGCUGCACAGGUGCCUAAUCACCUGGUCCCGUGUCACUGUCUUUAGGCUGAGGCAGCGUGAAACCCUUUCUUGUUUUGAGAGUGCCAGAGAGUACCGUCUUCUAGCAGUAAGCUUUGCCCAGUGGAGGCUGGAAUUCUUGAGAGCUAAACAGCAGUUGCGGGGAGAGGGAAGCCACAAGCAGCGGGCACCUUGUCAAGCCAAAGCCUAUCACCGCUGGCGAUUGGCCUCCAGGGGACAGAAAGCCUUGCACCUAGGUUCUGUGGCCACUAUGGAACAGGCCUGCAACUACUGGACAAAAGCAGCUGCCUUUUCCCAGUGCUUGCGGCAGUGCAGUAUCCUGAUAGGUGCUAGGAAGAUCAGGAAGAUGUCUCUGUCAUGGUCCAUGAAGAAGAGAAGAUGCAGAGAAAAAGGUUCACCGCUAGUAGCAGCUGCCUGCUUGAGGCUUUUUCCCAGUGCUGUUCACCACUGGCUGAUGAUUUACAGAAAUGAAAGCAYGGUGGAAAGACAGCCUCUCCAUCAGAUGCCAGAGAAACUUGAUGUGCUGGGAUUCAUGCCUGCACAUGCUAGAAUCCAGGAGAACAACUGUGAAGUGGGCUCUGAGGAACCAGAGAAGAAAUGGGUUGGGAGGAAGUAUCUGAGGUGGUGGCAUCACACAGUGAUGCUGCGCCAGUGCCAACGUGACAGGAGGCUGCGCUGUCUGGCAAGGGCCUGGCAGCAGUGGAAGGAGGCCAGCAGCGUGGCACUGCUAGUGCGGGAGCUGGACAAACAGCGGCUCAUGGAAAAGGCCUGGAGGAUAUGGAGACGACACCACUUGCAAAGUUKUGUGGUGCAGAGUGUUUUGGAGGAGGAAGCCAGGAACCUACUCUCUCACGCAUUUGGAAGGUGGCACCAGCUAACAACAUUCCAGCUGGAGAGCAAAGGACAUUGCUGAGUGGCAGGAGGCUGCCUGCUGCUGAUCAUCUCAGGACAGUCAGAGGACACAGCCAGCUUCCACAACAAAGUUCCUGUGAAGUCAAGAGGAUAUACAGACCACUGCUGGCACGAUUCAAGUAAUACUGCAGGCAUCAUAACCAACGCACAACCAGCAAGAGAUGGUAUCUUGUGAAAUGUUCUAUUCGAAGAACUGAUAUCCUACCUGUCUACAGCCACAAACCUGGAACUUACUUCCUUUUCUUACAAGGUUGUAUUUAUUUCUCAUUUUGAUCCUGAUUUUGUUGAUUGGAACUCUGAUUAAAGGUCAAACCACU